AUGGCUUCAAAUCAAAGAAAAAGAAAUGGUCUGCUGAUCACCUCUUUUUCCCCCAGAGACGAUUUAUUGACCCAGGUCGAUGAGUUGUCACUCGAGUCACCUACACGGAAAAAACAGUACAGACUAAGGCAGUCGUCUCCAAGCAUCUCACUAAACAGCAUUAUUCAAAAUGGAGAGGCGGACACCAGCGGUCCUUCAUUUCGUAUUUACUCCACGGAGGAUGAUACUAAUCAGAAUAUGUCGGCCGAUGAUUAUCGGCUGAAGACCAGAAAGAGACUAGCUGCCAACUCAUCGUCUAACCAACAUGGUUUCGCUGAUAUCAACAAGGAGAACAAAGUUCGACCUGGAAAAAGAGUCACGACGAAAUUCAGACCCAUUUCCACAUUUGGUUUGAAACGGGAAUGGCCGAGAAAUAGCGAUUCACCUCUCGCGGACACAUCUUUCAAAAAGAGCUGCUCAAGGGAGCAGCCAAAUGUAUUGAAGGAGCACCAGGCAAAUUUAUCAACGGCAUCAUCGAGCUCUAUUAAACGGCUUUCACCACUGUCACUUUCAUCAUCAUUAUCGAGCCGAUCGGCCGGUAGUAGGCUCAAGUCCAUGGCUGAGAGAUUUAGGAGAAGCACAAUUUCUCAGAACUCCUUGGAUAGUGCUGGAUCACAUUCUUACAAGCGGUUCUCGCAGAUUUCCUUAAAGAGAGAUCCGGCACAUUCGCUUUCCAACUCUCACCACCAUCAUCACCAUCAUCAUCAUCACCACAACGACAGUCACAAUGAUGGCUCUAAUUGCAGUCCGGCAAGCAACUCUCUUCUAGAAGAUCCAUCCAGUUGCAACACCUCGUCAAUCGCUUCGCACGAAAGAGAUUCUAUAAAACACAUUUCGGUCUCUCCUAUCGUACCAAACCGAGUGUUGGAGCCGGAUGCUCGUGAACAGACUGGAUCUGACGUUUUAAGUAGUGAGAAACGAAACCAAAGACCUAGUGCAGUAUACAACAACAUAAUAUCUGCGCAGCAAAAUACCAGCAAAGACUUGCAACCAGUUGGAGAAGCGAAAAAUCACACAAUUCAGAAGAAGUCAUCCAGAUUCCAUCUCCGCCAUUCAAUUUCUCUACGUACUCUCGCUUCAAUCGGGGGCCAUUCAGAUGCUGAGAGAGCUGGAAACGGUCAUUCGAGCCGGUCAAGCUUUUCAGGUGGAAGAUUAACACACAGACUCAGUCUCACAAAUAUUGGUCGACUUCUACACCCCUCCUAUAAAUCAGGUGCUGGAAAUAGGGCGUCGAUAAACUUGUCUUCGUGCGAUAUUUCGCUACCCAUCCCUCAACAUGAUACACGCGAGAAGUUGAAUCACAAAUUAAGAAACUCUUCAUCUAUUUUGUCGAUAUCAUCAUUUAUAUCCGAUUCCAGGGAUGCACAAACCACACAGAGCGCUUUGGAGCAGAAAUCUGUAAGCACUGCUAGUAAAUCGAUCACUGGACGAGAGUCUAAUGCUGGAAGAAUUAACAUCAAGGUUCCCGCUAUGAAAGUUUCGGAAGUUGAAAGUAUCAACCAGAAGUUACUUUUGAGGCUUUGCAACCAAAAACGGAUUUUCUCCUUCACCAGUUUGUAUCGGCACUUGGCACGCAACGACAAAGCAUUUAAGUGCUUAUCGCACACACAAUUCAGUGACAUAUAUGCCGAGUACGCAAAUACAGAAGAGAUGAAGCUGGGAAAAGAGCCUGAAAGUGUUUAUAAAGUGAUUCCCUUUGGUGAUAAUCACACACAGCAAAUGCAAAUGAAGGAAGUAAUACAGGAGUUGUCUAUAACCAUGGCAAUGACGAAGACACCUGGGUUUGUCGAAAUUAGAAUGGGGAAAGUUGUUAGAGGACCUUAUCCUUCAGAACUUCAAAUGGCUUGGGAGUCUAACUCUUCCAUGGGCGGAGAAAACGUAAGAAGACCAAGCGAGAACCCAAACAUGCAACUGUACUUUGUGAUGAGGAUGGAAUAUGCGGGAGUUUCCCUUGAAAAGUUCAAGGUUAGAAAUUGGAGGGAGGCGUAUGAGAUCCUCAAACAAGUGUGCGACGCAUUAUCGGCGGGUGAGUUGAAUGCCGAUUUUGAGCACAGAGAUUUGCACUGGGGAAACGUGUUGGUCAGGAGAGAUCCAACUUUGGAUAAAGUUCAUGUAAGCUUGAUUGACUUUUCGUUAUCCAGAGCCCGGAUUGGUGAUCAUGUUUUGUUUACUGGUUUGGACAAUCCGAACUUUUUCAGGGGAAGGGGUGACUACCAAUUUACAACGUACACCAAUAUGCGGAAGCUGCUAUCGGAGCGCCAUCAUGAAACUUUUGGCAAUACAUCAUCGGCCAGAAGUGUUCAUUCUCAUCAAGAGAGUUUAUAUUCGUAUUCCAGCACUAACGGUGAUAUGUGCGAGACGAUUGACUGGUCAGUGAAAUGCCCUAGCACAAACCUACUAUGGAUACAUUACCUUUUGGAUCGUAUGAUAAACCACAAAGGACUACGGCCGAUUAAAGUUAAUCCAAUCAGUAGAUCUAGCCGGAGCUCCAUUUCGGGAGAUAAGGAUAUGGUGUCUGAAGUGAAGUGCUGCAGUAAGAUCAUGGACGCUUUUAAGUGUUUGAAUACGGACUUUAAGAAGAAUAAGCACAGAUCAAAAAGAAAGAGCGUGAAGUGCUUUUCGGACUUCAAAGACACAGGAGCGUUCUCAACGUGGUUUCAUGAGCUGGACUGA